AUGGGUGAGUAUGUCCCUGGCCUUGAAGAACUUGAUGUGGAGUGGUUCCUCAUUGAUUUGACUGGCACCACUUAGUCAGGGUUAUUUUGCCGUGAAGCAGGCAUCCAACAAUGCCAGAGACGUGGCCUGAAUGACAAUACCUUAAUACCACUUCAGCUCUGCCAUAAUGAAAUAGACUUUACAGAGUACCCCAAUGGACUUUCCUCCUCCAUCUCUUGUUAGAUCUACAAGCCAGACCAGGGAGAGGUGACGCCAUGUAGUACCACCUGCAACACCCAGGGUCAUUGAAAGCAUGGCACCUUAUGUCCAAAAGACCAUCCCUUCAAGAUGUGCAAAAAAGUACAAAUCCAAGUAAGGACUCUGGGGAGGGUCUCCCCAGAGCUGGGGAUUACUAGUGGAAGACAAAGAAAAAGGGCUUUUCCAUCAGUCCUUUCCACCCCCCCCCCAUUCUUCCGGGCAAAUAGCCGUCAUUCUCUCCCUUUUUUCAAGUGCUUCUGGAUCUUGCCAUUUGCUGUUCCCAGUCUCAGCACCCUUCCUUGCCCAUCUUCUGAAUCUGGCCCUGCCUUCUUUCUUCCUAAUGAUUUCACCUACAUCUGGUUCAAGCCCUCCUAUUUCUUUAUGCUCAGGUGUCCCAAAGGGAUGGUGGAAGUCAGCUCUUACAGUCACUGGAGUGACUUGGAGUGUGCCUACCCUCAGCUCUCAGACAAGAAAUCAAUAGAUAGGAGCUUCAUUGUUGAUAGCAUUAUUCAUCACGGCUGCUCUCCGUGUUUCUUCCUGCCCUUUGGAGAAGUCUUUCUCUUUGAACAGGAUGUACCCUGGGAAUCCUGGAACAAGUUCAUGAGGCAACUGGGGCUGAGCCACAAUGAGAUCAAAAUUGCCAGAGCACUUAUAAGUAAUGUCGUGGACUAGCCACAUUGCUCACUUAUAGUGUGGCUGAAAAAAACUGGAAAUGCUGCUACCGUGGACAUCCUGUUGAAGACCCUGGGUAAGAUAAAUCAGAGGGCUGCCAGAGAAAUUAUCCAUAACAAAAUCAGUGAAAGGCUCCAUGACCACCAGAAAAGAGAGGGUGAGGAGCCAAACCAAUUGUCAUCUACCAUAAAGGGGGAAGGGGUCUCAGAUAUUGACAAAGUGAAUACAUUCACUCUGGAAGAACAGUCAUCAGGCAUAUAAGCUAUGCCAAGAAUCUUCCUGACCUUUGAGAAUUCUAUUCUAUGGAUACCCAGUGGACCUUUUGGGACAAAUAUAGUUGAGGUCUUGAAGAUGUGAGUCUGAAUUAUAGUUUUCCCCAUUUGUAAAACCAAGAGAUAAUAGUCUCCAUUGCUUUAUCUGCCCUAGGGCACACUGGCUCUAAGGUGGUAGUUAGAGGAGUAUGUAGGGCUUAUUUGCCUUAAAAUCUGUGUGUAUAUAUGUGCAUGCAUAUAUGCACAUGUGUGUGUGUGCUGGUUGUGGGACAUCAACAACAACAAAAAAAGGGAAACGGCUGGUGCCCUGAGAAAUCUCCAGACAUCUCUCUGGGCAGAGAUGACUCUUCUCUCCUGUGCUGUGAAGGAACCAUUUUCUUGGCUUCCCAAUCACUUUGUUCAUACACUACUUUGUGGAAAACAAUGAAGAGGCAGUUGGAGUACGGGAGUUUCUUGAAGGAGGUAUUCUGAUGGCUUAUGAUUGUUUUCAACGUCAUAUCUGUUUACAUUUUUCUACUUUUGUAUAUUUGUACAGCCCAAGCAUCUAUGAGAUUGCAGUAUUACAAAUGCACUAAUGGAAGCCUUGACUCAGGGCUUAAAAUGUGGUAUGCAUGGUUACUAGUGUGGUUUUUUUUAUUCUAUAAUUUUUUAAAUUAAGAAAGUAUUUCAGUGUGGCGUAGUGGGGGAUAAGCACAGGACUAGUUGGCACUACACAGUGAUUCAAGUGAAUAAGUCACUUUAUACUCUGGGUCUGUUCCUUUCUCAGGAAAAAGGACUUGAAUAGACCAUGUUAUAUCCAGCUUUAAAAAGCAUUCAAUCACGGGGGCAGCUAGGUGGCGCAGUGGAUAGAGCACCGGCCCUGGAUUCAGGAGUACCCGAGUUCAAAUCCGACCUCAGACACUUAACACUUACUAGCUGUAUGACCCUGGGCAAGUCACUUAACCCCAAUUGCCUCACCAAAAAAAAAAGCAUUCAACCACUCUGAGUCCCAGUUCUACUUUUCCAGUACUUUGAACCAGUAUAGUUUCCCAACUAAUAUAGCUGGGCUUGGACCUGAGGUGGCUACUUUCUGGUUAGAGGUCUCAUUGUGACAAGAAUGUUGGUAGUUGGAUUUUUUGGUUUGUUUUUCAAAUCCCCAAACUUUACAUGCCUCACCCCUGGUGAGGACUUCACCAAAGCUGGUUUUUCCUUGUCUAAAAACCUAUGCCUAGAACAUACAUGGCAGAUUCCCAGUGAGUGUUCUGCAGUCCCUAAUCUGUCUCCCUCAGCCAGAUGUUGGCUGGAGGUGCCCAGCGAGGAAAGAAAAAUCCAAGGGGUUUGGCCUGGCCCACCCCUAAAUAACUAAGCUGCUUUUGCAGAGAAAUUUGAAAUCAUGUUCUGCUGCUCAGUCAGGCACAGUACUGCCUGGAAUAAGAGAUUACGUGUAUCUCAAGAAUCAUUUCUUUCAAGUUUAGGAGAGCUCUGAAUUUUGAUCCUGCCAGAGAAGAACUCUGACUCAGUUCCCUCAU